UUCCCUCUGGACGUUGGGGAGGAAAGUUGUGUCGCUUGUCGUGGGGCGGUCACCGUUUCCACUGUGAAUAUUUUGGGUACGAUAAUUAGAUUCCGUAAACGCUAGUGUCUGUAAACAACUCACAGAAGAAAUGCCAAGGAACAGAUAUUAAUGCUUUUAAAAGACGAUCAGAUGACCGGAUAAAGCAUGUCUAGUGGAAGCCUUGGUCAGCGCAGGACCUUAUAAACGGCGCGAGGCAGAACGUCAGGUGCCAUGGUCUAGGACACGGGCGUGAAGGAGGAACCGGAUAAUCGCUGAGAGGAGGAAGAAGAGGAAGAAGAGGAGAAGGAGGAGAAAGAAAAGAAGGAAGAGGUGUAGGAAGGAGAAGAGGAGGAGAAGCCGCUGCAUGUCUCACGGCGGGCGCUGGGCCAUGCCUGGAAGGAAGCCGCGGGAGGAGGACAGCGACGCCUCCUACGGCGCCUACGAGAACGUCAGCUUCACCAGGGCGCCGACGGAGGCUGACGGCUACGGCGAUGGCGGACGCAGAGGGCGGGGCAGGAGGAGCGAGAGGGAUGAGGAGCACUCGACGUCGCCCUCGAGAAGGAGCUCGUCCUCGACCAAGCCGCCUUCAGGAUCGAGGAUGGGCUCGAUAUCCAGCGAUAACACUUCGCCCACACUGCCCAUGACUCCGAACACGGAGAGGAGAUUGCGUGAGUAGCCGG